GUCCGUUUGUUCUCGGUAGCCACCCGAGCCACAUCUUAAUCUCUUACAACUCUACCCCCACCCCCACACAAGCCGCUCUCUCUGAACAUGUCCACUACCUGCUACAAUACAUACUCGAGCUACAGAACAUACUGCGACGCGCCUGGCGCACGGCCGUUGGCCGGCGAUCCCACAGAUAUUCCUGGAGUUUACGAUCUCGUAUGGGCAGACAGAGACGGGCUAGUUUCUACCAUGAGCGAGAAUCUGAACGAGCGGGAUGCUCUGCGAGAACAUUUCGAGCGGAAGGAAGUUCUUCAAACUGUCGCCGACGUCGGCCACUUCUGCCGGUACCUCAGCCUCAUAUGCAACGUGGCCCAGCCAUUAAACGAGUCUCUUUCGCCAACCAGACUCCCCGCCCACGGGGAUCAUUUCUCCAGAGAGCCCACCACUGCAUCGUUGCGCUACCACAAAGGCCGCUUUUCCAGCCGGCGCUACAACGCCACUUCUGGCCCACCGAGCCCCAUUGGCAGUGGCCGCCCAAGCCCACCGACCAGCGCGUCGUCGAGCCCUGCCGCUACAUUCGCCUCACUCCGCACGCCGGGCCAGACGCCCCCGCCGGAUACGAAGCCUGCGCCACAGCGCCAGGAGAGCGCUUACUACACCACGAUCUACGGGGGCCCGCCGAUCCUGAAGAAGCUCAAGAACGCGUCCUUGAUGAGCGAGGAAGAAAUAUACGAGCUACCAGAAUACCAGCGUGUCUUCGCAAUCCAGAAGCGGCAGGCCCGCUUGCGAUGCUCUGCGCCUGCUGUGGCGCAUCCAGUGCCGUUGUUCGAAUUUCACCGCCCCCCUCUCACUACGGCGCGCAAAUCGCUGCUGCUUGCGGCGCUGAUGGGAAAAUUAGGGAAGAGCGAGAAAAGCGCUAGUGCGAGGGAGCAGGAGUGCUUCGACGACGAUAAGCUCGGACGGCGGGAUGCGUUCACGGCCGGUUUAUGGAAUCCAUAGUUCGGAUGACGACUCCUCUUUGGUGGCAGUUCACAGACGUUCUGUGGUCAUAUAUCGUGGACAGUUACCACGUCUAUUUCUUGCCAUUUCUUCCCUAUAGUUUCGAUUAUAAUGUAGAGGAUUGAUCGUGAGGCAGGAGCAAUCCCACCUUUUAGACGCCUAACC